AUGUAUUUUAGAAACACCAAGUUGGCUUCUAUUCCCAUUGGUAGUUCUGAACAAUAUUCAUGUGGUCAUCACCCAGAAGGAGUAUUCCUUUCCAUGGGAUCAUCAUCGGAAUCAAUAACAACUUCCCACAUGCCUUUUAUGAGAACUAGUUCUUCUUGGACUCAACACGGCAGCUCAUUCAACCAUCAUCAUCAAUAUCCUCCAAAGACUUGUACCCUUUGUUUGGAAUGUGCAUUGAAGUUUAUAUUUGAUGAAACCCAACUCUCGCUCCGACGAGUCAAAGCAUUGCAAAUAGUUAGGCUUGCAUUGGAAAAGUUGCCUCAGCAGCCAACCACACGAUCAUCUUCCGUAAUGAUGACCACGAAUUCAAAAUCAUUUGGCACAAGUCAGCCUUACAAAGGCUACUCUCAGGAAAAUUCGAAUGGCUCUGAGGUAUGGCUCAAUAAUAUCGCCAGUAUGUCCUCCGUAUUAUUGUCAUGGAUAUUAAGAAUGUUGGAUAGUAACAUUAAUAAUAGUAACAGUGGAACCCUCAUGGACACAACACCAGUUUGGACUUUGCAAUCAGGGUUCAACAAAGGAGAUCCAGAACCAGCGCAACACAAGAACGUGGAUCAAGAGUUGUUGAGCGAGGUCAUUGACCUGUUCUUUCAACAUUCCAGCCAUGAUUUUGUAUUGAAUAAUUUGCCACAAAUCACACAAAUGUUAACGUUUCAACACAAAUCGGACCAUGUUCUCGAAUCAAGCUGGCUUCAUUUUGUUUGUGGACUAUUUACUGCUCUACAUGGUGUACAUCAAGAGACAAUUCAAAAAGUCAUGACAGUCGAAAAAUUUAUGGAAUGCUUGAACGUAAUGCUUGCACUUUGUAUCAACUAUUUCACGGAUGGUAAUAUGGAUACCUCCUCACUAACUCAAACUACUCUAGAAAAGAAAACGACUUCACUUUUUAUCAUGACCAAAUAUUUACAACUUGACAUGCAAAAGCUCUCGCUUGGCUCAUUUGAGUCUGUGGAAUUUGUAACUUCCCUCUUGAAUUGCUUGCUUAAACAUGACUCUGAAGACAUGCAUAUGAAUGCUCUUGCAGUUCUGUAUGGCCUCAUUGAAAAAUGCUCUUUUCCUCAUGCUUUGAAUGAAAAAUAUCCACUAGUCUCAGUAUUGUCUGAUCGAACGGAUACUUUGAUUGACUCUCUAAUUUCAGUCAUACUCUCUCCCAAUAUUGAUAUUCAAUUGCUUACAGCGAAAAUUAUUUUGCUAUUAUGCAAUAUAGGUAGUACGACAAAUGAAAACCCACAAGCGUCAUUGAACCAUUUCACAACAAGCUUUAUGAACUCGGAUAUUUGUGAUUUUAUUUUUGAAUGCUUGCGUAAAAGCCAAUCUUCGUUAUUGAGUGAAACUUUACUCUCGAUAUUGUGUUGCUUUGUGGAGUAUCAAAGUUUGGAAUUGGAUGAAUCAUGGAUUUCCAAAGCCUUUAUUCAAAAGAUUAUUUUAUUAGGAAUUGAUACCUUUACAAUUUAUUUCUCACCGUCAUGUACUUUUACGAAUGAUAUGGAUGAACACUCACUGUGCAUCAUGCACUCGAUACUAAAAAUUACAAAGAGAUGUUUCCUCUCUUCAGAAUCUUUUGUGAUGCAUCAGGAAUUGGAACAGAGUUGUAGCUCUCAACUUUUUACCAAGAUUAUUUCUCAAUGUACAUUCUGUGCCACCUCCAUGUUGUCGGUACUGAAAAACGAACAACAACAAGUCAUACCUCACAUCAUUUCACAAGAGACGACCAUCAGUCUCAUGAAAACAUUGAAUGAAUACUUGAAAUAUUUCCUUGUCGACUUUCCUCAACAGAAAAGUGAUCAAAUUGAUAUCAACCCCUUUUUCAGCAAAAUGCUUGAAAUUUUCAAGAUUUUAAUGUCAAAAGCCGAAUUUGACACAACCCAUGAGGAAUUUUUGUUGCAAUUCCUUUCGAUGUGCUUGAUUGGAUAUGAAAAUGUGAGCUUACAAGCAUUUUCUGACAAGAUGGAAAGUAUUUUAUUGAAUUGUUUUAGUGUGACCAUGUUCAUGUCACUGCAAAGCACCAUGAGCUCUGUGUUUUCCGCAUGCAUUCGUUACAUCAUUUCGAGACUCCAAACACAACACAGCAACAACACCGCACUGGCAAAGCAAUUAAUGGAGAAGAAGGUUCUCUCAUUACUUUUCCAAUGUUCUUCAUCUGACAUGCAGUUAGUACAAAACUUUAAAGUACUUGCUCUUCAAAUAUUAUACACUCUACGCUUAUGUGAAAGAAAUUCGAUAGAACUCGAGUCAUUUGUUCAGGACAUUGGUUUGGACUUUGAAUAUUUGAGAAAUAUCAUGACUUGUAGAAGUAGGACGCAGAGCUCCAACGACCACUUUUUGGUCAUAUUGGAAUGUAUUAUAGUGCUUAUGCACGCCAGUUUUUUCAAUGGAGAACAACCUAUUGAGCAUAAGCAAGCUCAUUCAUUGCUCACAAUCUUUGCUGAGAAUGCGCCAUCCUGUCAAGGCAUUUCUCUUCUAUGCAAGUUAAAAUAUUGUGAGCUGUUUGCCUAUCUAUGUACUGAAUAUGAUAUGAGAAGCUCUUCGGCUCAUGCACAACUGAUAGUGUCAUGGUAUCUACAAGUAGCCUCUUCCAAUUUACCAAAAGUUGAAGUCACAAAUGCUGCUUGUAUUGUACGGUGGCUUGCUAGACAUCACGAAAUGGCCUUGCCAGGUGUUACACUGGCAUUCAUUUCGAACGUGAUAUUGGCUGGAAAUGCAAGGUCUAUUAGUGGUAUUUCAUUGCUGCGGGAAGCAGGUCUGGACGUUUUUCAGGCUCUAAUUCAAAUGGUUUCCUCAGACAAGCAGUUCAACCAUCAAAACCAUUCCAUGCAAUAUCUAUGCUUGUUUCACGAAUACUUCACCAAAGAGUUGCAUAUCAGCGAGAGAGAGAUUACAAUUUUAUUACAGCACAUCGUAGAACCAAUUCUUUGCAAUUGUUACAUUUCCUUGAAGAAAGAAUCUGAAACGACAGAAAUAUGUAGACUAUGUGAGAAAAUUUCCAUACUCUUACCAACACUGUUGACAAGAGCUGAUCUUAAUGUUCCAUUUUCGACAGCUCUUAAUACUCAAUUAAUCUCCCUAUUUCAGAUGGAGCUUAAACUGUUUCAAGCUGUAUCGUUGCGUGAAGAUGAUUUAUGGCCAUGUAGCAUUCCUGUGGGAAAUAUGAUCAGCUUUUUAUUGUUUCUCUUUGCCAGAGAACGGAACUCGAAUUCUAGCAACAGCAUCUCAUUUCACAUUACCAAUAAUCUUUCCAAAGUUGUUGUGUGUGUUGAGAAUAUUAUUCAACGUUUGGAUCUCUGUGGAGACACCUCCCAAACACAAACGCUAACGGAGAGAAAGACCAUGCACGACACAAAGAUUUUGGCUUUUAUCCUCCAACUGCAGACUUGUAUUUUCAUGACAAUGAAGAGCGCUAGUAAUGUGAACGUGAAAAUUUUGCUACAUGUACGAUUAAUAGAAAUACAUGGCCUCAAUCAUCACUCGCCACUCAUUCGAUUAAUGGCCUCAACAGCGCUUUGUACCAUUUGCUCCAAGUUGGAAUACGAAGAAAAGUGUCAAGUUUGGAAGUAUUCUCUCGUUUACUCCUUACUCAACAACAUUGUUAAUCAAAAUGAAGAAACCGUUGCACUCAACUCGGUGUCAACACUGUACAUGCUCGAGUGUUCUAGACCAAAAUCGAAAUCAGUUCUCUCACAGGUCAUGUGGAACGAGUUUAUCGUGAGAUCUGUCAUUGGUGAUCAGCUCAGCAUUGCUACUGCCGAGGGAAGCAAUUGCAAGUACAAUCCUUCCUUUAUUAUAUACUUGAACUAUUUGUACAUGAUGAGUCCAACACCUCAACAAUUCUUUUCAAUGCUAGGCCCGUUUCUUGGUAAUGAAAAAUUCCUACAACAACUCUUGAACUCUGUUGAAAUAUCAUGCGUGACCGAAUGGCUUUCAUUGAUCAAGAUUUUACUUGGUACAUCGUCUCCACUCAAGAACGAGUUAAAAUUUAAGAUGCGAGCUCAAUUUGAAAGAAUUCUGUGUGAUCUCGAGGACCAUGAUAACAUUGAAAUGAUGAAAAUGUCAUUCUUACCAUCCAAUACUCCAAAACAUGGGAACGACAAUAUUGGUCAUUCAUCAACACAACACUCUCAAUAUGAACAGCUGUCGCAAAGGAACAUGACACUUCCCUUCCUUUCAAUCUUCACCACAGAAUUGUUUGUUAUUGGUGAAAUCAUUUUCAAUCCGAACCUAUCCAAUCCUAAUACGACCGAAUAUAUUGUAAAGAUGUGCAAAGACGCCAAAUGUUUUGUCAUGCAUCAACAACAAGAUUAG